ACAGAGGGAGGAGGAGCAGUGCAGACACAGAGAGAACUCGAGCAGUCACUCAGAUCUCGCCCAUGGUGAGGACAUCUAGCAGAAGUGCAAUCCUGAGGCAGCGAGCAGCAAAAAGGCAAGCAGGACAGAACAGAGGUGAAGUGGUGACACCCUUUAAAUUCUCGUCUGACUGACGUCUGCUGGACUCACAUGCUUCCUCACAGACUUACUCGCAGUGUUCUUCGCACACCAGCCGGCACCGCUGCCUGGUGAGAAGGGAAGGAUUUCCCUGACAGAGCUAGAAGGAGGGAGAGAAUAAAAGUAGACUUGAAGUUUAAAACACUAAGAAGCAGGAAGAGGGUUAUGCGGUGGUAAAGUGUGCCGAGCUGAACUGAGCUGAUCUGCUUGAGGACCAUCUAAUCCCUCACCCUGUCCUGCUUGGUCCAAGAUGGAGCUCAAAGUGUGGGUGGAUGGAGUGGUGCGGGUGGUCUGCGGCCUGUCUGAAGAAACUUCCUGCCAGGAUGUCGUCAUCGCUUUGGCGCAGGCCAUUGGUCAGACAGGUCGAUAUGUUCUUAUUCAGCGUUUGAGGGACACUGAACGGCAGCUUUUGGCUACAGAGAGGCCCUUGGAGUCUUUGGCAAAGCUGGGGCAACAUGGCAGCGAGGUGCAGUUCUUCCUGAGGCGCACUGGCCCUAGCAGCAGUGAUGGGCCUAGUUCAAAACAGGAAAGACAGUCUACCCUUCCACUGCCCAAGCAUCCUGAGCCAGAGCCUUUGAAACGUAAUCAACCUAAGAAAGCGCUAACGUUUAACUUAGGGCCAUCCACUUCCCCAAAAACCAAGACCAAACAGUUUAAGAGGUCUCCAAGGGACUCCACAGAGCAAAGAGCCUCUCCAUCCUCUUCACCUAGUCCUGUAUCCCCUCAUGCACCAUCACUUUCCCCCUCACCUCCUAUUGAUCCUUCUAAGGAGGAGGUCUUUAGAAAGGUUCUUCAGCAACAGGAGAGACUGAGAGCCAUGGAGGGCCAGCUAGAAGCCCUGGAGAGGGAGUCACAUUCCUGGGAUCAUCCGUUCCCCUCUCCAAGCCCUUCACCGGUGUCAGACUCUCACUUGCAAGAAGAGAUUGAUGCUUUAGAGCAAGCUAUGCAAAGGAACCAAGCUGAGCUCACAAAUGAGCAGUACUGGGAGAAGGAAUGGCAGGCGGAAGUAGAAAAGGAGCGAGGAAUGAGAAGGAAGCUGGCAGACUUACACACCAAGCUAGACGACUGCGGGCGGCGGCUGCAUGACUUCUCAGUUCGCUCAAUCCAGCUGGAGCAAGAGAUCCAGAGGGAGAGCCAGGCGGCAAGCAAACCCAGCGGGGCCAAGGAGUCACUCGAUGCUGUGAAGGCGGAGCUGCGGAUCCAGGAUAGGCAAGGGGCCGAUUUGGAGGAGCAGCUGUCAGAGGCUGACAAGGCACUGGAGAAGUCGGAGUCUCUGCUGCAGUCUAAGCAGAAUGAGCUGGAGGAUCUGAAUAAGGAGCUGAGGCAGUGUAACCUGCAGCAGUUUAUUCAGCAGACAGGCGUCCUGCCGGCUCAUGCCCACUCACGCACAGAGCUGCAGGAGCAGCUGGAACAGCUGGAACUGGCAGCAGGCCGCAGUUCCACUCCUGUGGAAUUUCCACCUCGUCCGACGGCCAAACAGUUUCUAGGACAUCCACGGAACCUGCAAAACCCUCUAGUGUCCAGCCUCAACCCUGAGGUCCUGACAUCCCGAGAGCCAUCAUGGAGAUAAAACACGGACCGCAGGGCCAUGGGAAAGUUGUUCACUUUACUGUCGCCAUCACCACUUGUUUAACUCAUUUUGCUUCCCAACAUUUCCAUUUGUUAUUAAUUUACCUUACAUGUACUUUAUAUAAAUAAGAAAAGCUAUAUUUACAAUGUUUUGCUACUGUAAACAUUUUAAAAGAAUCUGUAUGAAAUGCAAAAAUCAUUUAGGAACCUUUGACGAAUAGAGGUUAUUACUAUUACUGCGUAUUUAAAUAAUAAAAUGUGAAUCGUGUUUUAGA